AACCUCAUACUCGAGCCAUUUGGAGAGACUGGCCGAAGCCUGGGCUGUGCGGCAUUAGCGACCGGCAUGCUUUUGUAAUGCCUUCGGGUUUAUCCCGCAAUCUUUAAGCCUUUGAGGCACCUUGGAGGAAAUCUUUCAUGUCAAAACAAGUAUGUGGACAGAUCAGACCGGACCUGUUUUAUUGUCUUGUAGCUCGUAGGAGGUACUGUAUAUGACAUGGCAUUUCAUCUCUACAGGCAGUCGGUGUGUUUUAGAAGCAGCAGGUGGUUGAGGACUACAUCAUUUUUAAGAGAAGAUUCAGAUUUGAAGAGGAAAUACAUAGAUUUUCUUUUGUUUAUUUGUUUCUUGGCAGAAAAGAAGUGGACAAAGGGAAACUAUCAAUUAAGAACAACACAAUGAACCCUGAAGUAACCUUUGAACCACACCUUCAGUCCUGAGCAGGAUAUAUUAGUGUUCCCUUCAGUUUCUUUUUAAAUCAGAGACACUUUUCACUGUGAGGCACAGAUCUCUGACCACUGCAGCCAUGGGUGAAUGGGGGUUCCUCGAGAGUGUCUUCGAAGGCCUCCAGGCCCACUCUCCGAUGCUUGGACGUUUCUGGCUCUUCCUCAUGCUCGUGUUUCGGAUCGUGAUCCUGGGGACUGUGGCCAGCGACCUGUUUGAGGACGAACAAUUGGAGUUUUCCUGCAACACCCUCCAGCCGGGCUGUAAGCAGGUUUGCUACGACAAGGCGUUUCCCAUCUCCCAGUACAGAUUUUGGGUGUUUCACAUAGUUCUGAUUGCUACGCCGUCCUUAGUUUUCGUCAUGUACGCCACACAUCAUAAUAACAAAAAAGCCAAGCGGCCCAAGUCGAAGCGCAGCAUCAUUCAGAACUACAUAGACAAUCGCCGUUUGAGGAGGCUGUACAUCGUAAACGUCAUGUUUCGAAUUGCAGCGGAGGUGGGCUUCUUGGUGGGACAAUGCAAGCUGUACAGCUUCGAGGUGCCAGCCCAGUACCCCUGCGAUCGCUUUCCCUGCCCCUACACCGUUGACUGCUUCACCUCCCGCCCUAUGGAGAAAACGAUCUUCCUCUACUUCUACUUUGGCGUGGGGGUCCUAUCUGCCUUUUCUAGCAUUGUGGAGCUGUUGUACAGCUCUAUAAAGUGGUUCUGCUGCGACCAGGAAAACUUUGAUCUGGAUGAAAGCACUUCCGAGAAUCUCCAGAACUUAAGGCAAGAUGAGUCUGGCAAGAAGACGACGUCAGACAAUGUAUCCAGCAGCAUGGAGUUAAAGAAAGGAUCGGUGAGGAGCAGCAAGACGAUCUCCACCAAGGGCAAGAGAAGCAAAUAUGUGAGCACCAGGACGUGCGUGGUUUGACAGGCCGCCACCAUUUCCUGCUCAAAAAAUUAUGUUAUUUUGGGGGAGGGGGCGGGGGGGGUAAUGGUAUACGUCAUUUCAUCUUAAAAUGCCAUGUAUGUAUGUGUGACAGUUUCCCUGAUGGGAGACAUAAUAAGGAAGCUCUUGAAGCAAGGUCAGGAAAUGUGUGUAAAGAUGAGGCCUGGUUGACCUGCUGGGAUCUUGAGUCACGUCAGACUGUAAACACUUGAGAGA